AUGUCGUCGACAGCACUAUCCGGUUCUCAGCGUGAGCCAGGCAUGCUCAAUGAUUCACAUUUCUACGACAUCAACGGUGGAAGCUUCUACAACACUGCCGGCGAUGCUCACAUCUACAACGCGAUAAAGUCUUCCUCAAAUAACUCGGGGAUUUUUACGAAUUUGUCCCAACUUGUCGUUCAAAGGAGCGCUUUCCACAGCCCAGAUGUCACCCGGUCACUAGGCAGAAAAUUCUGCAAAAAGAUUCUUCAACUGGGCCGAAAGCGAUUCGGCGGAGAGGAUACUCUGGCUUUCUGGCGUACCUGGCGCUGGCAAGUCGGCGAUUGCGCAGACCAUUGCAAAGCGCUGCAAGUAAAACACCACGGUAUGCUGCGAGCAGAAGGUCCGCCUCGCUGCCACUUUUUUCCCCUUUGCAGCAGCUCCGAACGAAGCACAAACGCACGUCUCGUCGCCACGCUUGCCUAUGAGUUCACUCUUUUCGUUCCCGGUGAAAAAGAAUUCACUACAAGGACGAACUUGGAUGACCCUGCUAUCGUCCCCUUGCACUCGCUGCCCGGGGGUGGAUUUCGAUGUAGCACCUCCAGAUCAUCAUUGACGUACUGGAUGAAUGCGUCGAUGAGAUAG